CUUCUUCUUUAUCUACAGUAAAACCUUUAAACAGUUUGGACGACGUUCUGUUUUAUUAUACCAUCGUUUAAACGUGAUCUGGAAAGACAAGCUGUUACCCAAACCCUUAUUUUGGGAUGGUAGUAAUCAGUGUUAAGUGGCACACUAGGAGGCCAACGAGAGAGUUAACAGUGAGCUCUGUGAUUCAUGCCCUGCCCAUACUGCUUUCCCACACACAGUCUGAGGAAGUGAGAACACUACUGCACAACUUUAAAUCCAGAUCCUUCUGUGUGGCUGUUACCGAGGGAUGACAAAACUUCUAGAGUGUGGAAUUUGUCCUACAAUGCGAAUUAAACCAUGAAGGCACAGUUCGGGAUUAUUUGGGAUGCUGUCCGAGUGUUAACUGCACUUUGGUCUGUGUUCAUUGUUCACACGGUUCUGCUGGUCCACGCGCAGGAUGGUGAUGGGUGUGGACACACAAUCCUGGGUCCUAUGAGUGGCACCGUAGCCUCUCGGAACUACCCUGGCACGUACCCUAACCACACGCAGUGCAUGUGGAGCCUGAAAGUGCCUACAGGAUACACACUGAACCUCAUCUUUGGAGACUUUGACCUAGAGUGGAGCAAGGACUGCAAAGCUGGCUCUCUCACCAUCACUGAGAAAUCUAAAGCCUUCACUUUGGGACCUCUGUGCAGGCAUCUGGUGGCUUCAGAAAAGAACAUGUUUUUGAACAGUAGUGAAGUGACACUGCACUUUGUGUCUGGCACUCACCGGUCUGGAAGAGGUUUUCUGCUGUCCUACUCAACCAAUCAACACCCAGACCUCAUAUCAUGUCUUCACAGAGGAAGCCACUUCACCUCCCAGCAGAUUAGAGCAUUUUGUCCUGGGGGAUGCAAGGAUGUGGCAGGGGAAAUCUGGGGUCAGCAUGGGCAAGGCUACAGAGAUACCUCUGUGCUGUGCAAAGCUGCAGUGCAUGCAGGGGUCAUAACAGACAGCCUGGGGGGAAUAAUUAAUGUGACCCAGCAGAGAGGCAUCACGCUGUAUGAGUCAAGUUUUGCAAAUGGAGUACUGUCCAGAACAGGGUCAUUGUCUGAUAAGAGGCUAGUCUUCAGCAGAGCAUGCGACAGCGUGCUAGCAGUUAUGACCUACAACGCGUCCUCCAUGUCAGAGGAUGUGGACAGCCCGAACUGGAUUCCAGAAAAUGGGGUCUCAACAGUCCAGUUUGUGAAAUGGCACACCAGCAUUGCGGAUCAGCAGCCAUGGCUGGAGCUGGAGCUCUUUAAUCGGAGCAGCGUAACAGGAAUAAUAACAGAGGGAGUGUCAAAAUCUUUCAUCAAGACUUACACAAUCAAGUUCAGCAAAGACCGCAAAACAUGGAAAAUGUACAAAGAUGCAACCAGCAAAGAAAAAAAAGUGUUUGAAGCCUCAUCUGAUGGUCAAAACACUUUUAACAGCCUGUUUCCCCCAAUAACAGCCCGCUACCUCCAGAUCUGGCCUCAGCUCUGGCACAGCAGAGUCUCUGUACAGGUCCAAGUACUCGGCUGUCCGUUGUCUGCGUUUCGACCUCGAUCCAACAUUGGUGGAUCCAGCGCACUGAAUCCAGUUCCCACAGAAACCGUGCUGCUGAGUGAGUUCUCCACCGAGAGUCCUGUGGUCAUACACUCGAGCCAAAGCUCUAACCUUCUAGUGAUAUUAGUGGUGGGUUUGGUUCUGUGUUUGGCUCUGUGUGUGUGGUGCCUGUUGGCUGUACUGUUGUGGAGAAGAAGGAAAAAGGGUGCGCCCAUGAAGAAGUCAUGCCUUAACAAAGGUUGUCAGAGUGUCCACGGGACAAAAUUGCCAUAUACAGAAUCAGAGCUUGUGUCCUACCCUCUGGCUAGGAACAUCCAUGAUAGCCUCCCUAACCCUCCUCUCAAUGACUACGCUGAGCCUGAUGUUCUCGCAGGUGGACAGAAAGUGGGUGUCACAUUCCGACCACCUCUGGAUCAGGGCUACACCGUUCCCUUUUCCAUUAACCAUUAUGACACACCGAAUCAACUUCCUGAAUACGCCGAGCCCCUGCGGCUCGAGCCAGAAUACGCCACACCAUUCAACGAGCCGGUCGUCGAUCCCUCCAUUCCCACACAGCUAAAAACUCUGCAGAACCUUUCUCACCUUCACACAGCAGCCCCCGGUACCUUACAAUAUGACUGCCCUUCUCAUCGACGCCUUUCUAAUGGAUACUGCACUCCUUUUAGCAAUGGUGCAGCAAACUACAAGCAACCCCAGCCUGUAGAUUUGGUUGUGCCGCAUACAUAUCACAAGCCCCUUUGAGCGCCGAACAUUCGGCUGUAAAUCUUAUCGGCAAAGGUCAUGUUUGCAGUUUUCAACUGUAAAUAUUACAAGUUUCCAGGGUACUGUGAGAAAUAAUGAAUCAACUGUGUCUCCUUUGAGAAGCCUUGAGAAGUUGCACAAAUAUAUACUGUAUUUAUUAUCGUUAUUAUUUAGAAAUAAAAUAAAAAAACGGUUUUUUUUUUAUACAGCUUUGUUAGGUGGGGUUUUACAGAAGCCCAUGGAUUCACUUCUACACCAUUCUUACACACAAGUGUCUUUCUCUCUGUAUUGCCUUGUGGUUUAUUAAUGAUUAUAAGAUUAUAAGACACAUAGCUGCAGAAAAGUACAGUUGGUGACAUGCACUGUAACUACAGCUUUCCUCAUUUUAUGGACAUGUUAAGGUUUGUUUUACACUCAUAAUUUAUGUGUAUCCUUGUUUAAUUCAGCCUUGUGUGUAUAAAAGAAACAUUGUAUAUCCAAAGCAAAUAUCAAAUGAUCUUUUAUAACAGUGAAUUAGAUUUAUGUAUUAAGGGUGCAAUACCACUGUAUGUGUUACUGACUAAUGACUUUUAUAUGAAGUUCAGAAAUGUUAUUCUGUGAUGGACCACUGACCUUUUUGUGACCUGUUUUUACAAGUGAUUUUUCUUGUAUCGAGACUAAUAUUAAUAUACACAUAGUGCAUAUUAUAUGUGCUGGUGAUACACAAGUAUGCAGAGGUACAAAAGUUGCUAUAUUGACAAAAAAUACAUAAAGAUAUAGUACUUUUCUAGAAAA